CCAAUCAUAUUUUCAGCCCUAACCAAGAGCUUUAAGCAUUUUCUGAAACUUUCUUUUUCAGUUUGAGUUCUGAGUUGUCUAGCUAUGGUGAAGAAGUCUAGCCUUGGUCGUCAGAAGAUUCCAAUUGAAAAAAUACCAAAGAAAAACCAUCUCCAGGUAACAUUCUCUAAGCGAAGAGCAGGACUUUUCAAGAAGGCUAGUGAGCUUUGCACUCUUUGUGGGGUGGAAAUUGGAAUAGUGGUCUUCUCCCCAGCCAGCAAGCCAUUUUCUUUUGGCCAUCCUGAGGUUGAGUCCCUCUUUGAUCGCUUUCUGACUCGAAACCCUCCUCCAAAGAACUCUAGUAGUCAUCAACUCAUUGAAGCUCAUCGCAAUGCCAGUGUUCAUGAACUUAAUCUCUAUCUAACACAGCUUGUUAAUCAGUUGGAAGCUGAGAAAAAGCAUGGGGACGAGCUGGACCAAAUUAAGAAAGAUACAAGGAGGCAGUGCUGGUGGACUGCACCAAUUGAUGAACUUGGACUGCAUGAGUUAGAACAGUUGAGGGCAGCAUUGCUGAUAUUAAAGAAGAAUGUUGGAAGGCAAAUUAGUGAGAUUUUGAUCGAAUCAUCCACCAAUCCAUCCCAAAUAUGAGGGGUAAAUGAUCAGAUUAAUUCUGCUAAUUCAUCAGCUUCUGGUCAUGUUUGUUUCUGAAGAACUAUUUUAGACAGAUAAGAGCCAGUACCUCAUUAGUUCAGUAUUACCAUAUCUCUUCAGUCAUGGACUGUGGUUGUAAUAAAAUGAUUAGCAGUAU